CGAAGUCCCACCAGCAAACAGCAACACGCGCAGUGUUUGCCCACGCGCUACUUCCUGAGAUACCGCCACAUCACUUCACCGCAACGACCUCGCCUCGAGCAUCUUCCUCACCCAUCCUCACCGGCAUAUCCUAUUCCCUCCCUGUGUGAAUCCCAUCCCGUCGAUCCUGCAUACACACACACCUACCAAGCAUGGGCAAUUUAAUUUCGACACCGGGCGUUCCUAAGGAGAAGCUCCACGAGGUCGAAGAGAAGCUCAAGGCCAGCAACGCCGACAUUGAAAGCAAGAAGAAGGAACUUGCCGCCAAGGAAAAGGAACUCAGCGAGUCCCGGUCCAAGUCGGACAAUGCAAGCAAAGAGGUUGCUGAACUAAAGAAGAAGGUGCAAGAGUUUGAAAGUCAGUUGGCCAAUUUCGAAGCCGAGAAGCAGGCGGCGAUCCAGAAAUUGCAACAAGACUUGGAGAACAGCACCAAGGGUACCGAUGCCCAGCGACAGGCGCUCGAGCGCGUGUCUCAGUCUGUCACACAAGAGCGAGACCACGCACGCAAUGAGCUGAGGGCGGUGCAAGAGAAGCUGACCACAUUGGAGACGAGCAACAAGCAGCUCGAGCAGGAAGCCGCUGCUGCCAAGAAGGAGUUGGAAGAAGCCAAGGCCUCGCGGGAGCAGUUGGAGACCAGCCUCAAGGCCGAGCUCGCCUCAUUCCAGGCCCAGCUGAGCGAGACCACCGAGAAGCACAGUGCUCUCCAAACGGAAAAGACCAGCUUGGAGACUGAGCUCAGCAACGUCAAGCAGGAAGCUGAUUCAUCGCUUGCAGCUGCGAAGAAGGACCUUGCAGAAAGCCAGGAGAAGAUCGCCUCUCUGCAAUCAUCCAGCGAGACUUCGGUCAAAGAUUCAGAGGCCAAGCUCGCAGCCGCUCAGAAGCAGCUCGAGGAUGCACAGGCGAAGCUCGCCGAAGUUCAGAAGAACGCCGACGCUGCUAACAAGGCUGCCGAAGAUCGCCUCGCCACAGUCCAGAAGCAACUCGCCGCAUCACAAGAUAAGGUCUCUCAACUCGAGCAGUCCAACACCAACCUCAAGAAGACCUCCGAGGAAGGCGCAGCCGCUGCCCAAGAGCUCAGUGAUUACCAGAACAAGCUCGCCGCACUGCAGAAGGAACACGAAGAGCUCAAGAAUACUUCAAAGGCAGAGAUCCAGGCUGCGAAGAAGGACUUCGAAGCUGCCCGUACAGAGAAGAACAGCUUGCAAAUUUCGCAUAACAGGCUAUUUGAGGAGAACUCUGCUCUGAAGGCGUCUUACAAGGCCGAUGAAGAGAAGAUCAAGAGCUUGGAGUCGAAGGGCUCGCAAGAGGUUGAGAAGCUGAAGAGUGAAAUCGCGGAGCUGAAGCAGAAGAGCACAGGCUCUGAAGAGCAGAGCAAGAAGCUGCAAACCGAGCACCAAGCUGAGCUGGAGAAGGUGAAGAAGCAGGCUGACGAUGCUCUGGAGAAGGUCAAGGCUAUCGAGAAGGAGAGCGCAGACCUCAAAAAGAGCCAGCAGGAGGCAGAAAGCAAGGUCGAAGAUCUCAAGAAGCAGGCCGAGGAGAGCACAAGCAAAGCCAGCAAGGCCGCGGAAGAGCUGAAGGCUGCGCAAGAAGAGAAGUCCACGCUCACUGCCAAAGUCGCUGACCUCGAAAAGGGUUCUGCCGCCGCUGCUACUGAUUUACAGACUAAGCUCUCAGCAACCGAGAAGGAACUUGAGACCGCCAAAGCCGACGCUGCAGCCGCGUCCAAGAAAGCCGAGCAACUGGCCGAGAUUGAGAAGAAACUGCAGACAGCUGAAGCAGGAAAGGCUGAUGCAGAGAAGAAGGCCGCUCAGCUUGCCGAGAUCGAGAAGAAGCUCGCGGACGCAGAAAGCGCCAAAGCUGAGGCCGAGAAGAAGGCUGCGCAGUUGGCUGAAACGGAGAAGAAGCUGGCUGCCGCGGAAAGUGCUAAGGCAGAGGCUGAGAAGAAGGCCGCUCAACUCGUUGAGACUGAGAAGAAACUGGCAGAUGCAGAAUCAGCCAGGGCUGAAGCCGAGAAGAAGGCUGCACAGCUCGCAGAGACUGAGAAGAAGCUGGCAGACGCAGAGAAGGCCAAGGGAGAGGCGGAGAAGAAGGCGGAGCAGCUCGCAGCGACCGAGAAGAAGCUCGCAGAUGCAGAGUCAGCCAAGGCUGAAGCUGAGAAGAAGGCUGCACAACUCGCAGAGACUGAAAAGAAGCUCGCGGAGGCUGAGAAGAAGUCCGAACAACUUGCUGCAGCCGAGAAGAAGCUCGCAGACUCAGAGAAGGCCAAAGCUGAGGCUGAGAAGAAAGCCGAGCAACUAUCAGCAGCAGAGAAGAAGCUCGAGGAAGCUGAGAAGUCCAAGGCUGAGACAGACAAGAAGCUCGCGGAGCUCGAAGCCAAGGUCCAAGCCGCCGCCGAAGUGAAGAACACCACAACCGAGAAGAAGGAAGAAGAGGCGCCCAAGACCAACGGCGUGGACGAAGCUGCUCAGCCACCCGUGAGCGCCGCAGCAUAGUAUUCUAACAUUUCCAGACCAUUCUCACCCAAGCCGAAACCGACUGCGUGAGGAAUGACCAAGAGAAGAAGGAGGCCAGUAUUGACCCAGAAGGAGGCAGGAAGGAAGGAUGAACAUAAUUCUGCUACGUUGAAUAUGCGUAUACCCUUUGGCUGUUGUUGUUGAGUUUUUGUUGCAUUGUUUGUUAUUCGGACUUGCGCGUGGCAUGGCAUGGCAUGAGCGUUUUGCGUUUUGCGUUGGCUUGGGCUACGAUCGCACGAACUGCAUUAUGACUACGCGGAGGAGCGGUAUCUUGGGGAGGAUUGGAAACCACAAGAAUUCUCACGACUCUCUGAUGAUGCACGGCCGCUUAGCUUGCUUAGUUUUUAGUUCCUCUUUAUAAUUUCCUUGGUGUCUGGCUUUCAAUGUAGGAAGCGAAAAGAAUCGAUCAUUUGACUGUGUGCACAUUGCUGCUG